UCAGUGUGUCGUCAAAAUAGAGCCCUUCGUAGGAUACAACCCAAUGUUCAUUAACAUCAUCAAUUCGUACAAAAAACAAACAGAAGAAGAUAUUGGCCAUUCCGUUUCUUCUCGGGUAAAUUAUGCUCCUUUUCACCAUCUAUGGCGGAUUAAGAAGUCCAUUAAGAAAAGGAAGUAUAAAUUCCAGGGGGAACCAAACCUGGUUCCUGGAGGAGUUGGAGGAAAUUCCCCGACUCACUCGCUCGCCCCAACCCACUCCAGUUGCGGACGGCACGCAUCCUGCCCCCACCCAUGGCGUCCCACGACCUCGCCGAGAGCCUCCUCCCCGGCGCCGGCGGCGGCGGCGGUACAUCGAGCUCCCACGAUGAGUACGAAGAGCGAGCGUACGACUCGGACGACAAGGUGUCCAUCUCCAUCUCCGACUCCGAGGCCGACGACGCAGACGCCGGCGACGCGCGCCCGGCCUUCUCGUGGCGGAAGCUCUGGCGCUUCACGGGGCCGGGGUUCCUCAUGUGCAUCGGGUUCCUGGACCCGGGCAACCUCGAGGGGGACCUGCAGGCGGGCGCCGCCGCGGGGUACCAGCUCCUGUGGCUGCUGCUGUGGGCGACGGUCAUGGGCGCGCUCGUGCAGCUGCUCUCCGCGCGGCUCGGGGUGGUCACGGGGAAGCACCUCGCCGAGCUCUGCCGGGACGAGUACCCGACCUGGGCCACGCGCGCGCUCUGGGUCAUGACCGAGCUGGCGCUCGUCGGGGCCGACAUACAGGAGGUGAUUGGCAGCGCGAUUGCCAUCAAGAUCCUCUCCGGAGGCGUCGUGCCGCUCUGGGGCGGCGUCGUCAUCACCGCGUUCGAUUGCUUCAUCUUUCUAUUCCUGGAGAACUAUGGUGUGAGAAAACUUGAAGCGUUUUUUGGUGUCCUAAUUGCAACCAUGGCUAUAUCAUUUGCAAUUAUGUUUGGUGAAACGAAGCCUAGUGGAAAGGAGCUUCUGAUUGGUUUGGUGGUUCCAAAGCUGAGCUCAAAGACCAUCAAGCAGGCUGUAGGAAUAGUGGGCUGCAUCAUCAUGCCCCAUAAUGUUUUCUUGCACUCAGCGCUAGUGCAGUCCAGGAAGAUUGACACAAAAAAGAAAUCCCGUGUUCAAGAAGCAGUGUACUAUUACAACAUUGAGUCGAUACUUGCACUCAUUGUCUCCUUCUUUAUUAACAUCUGUGUUACAACGGUUUUUGCUAAAGGAUUCUAUGGGUCUGAACAAGCUGACAACAUAGGCCUUGAGAAUGCUGGCCAAUACUUACAGGAGAAAUAUGGAACUGCAUUGUUUCCUGUCCUCUAUAUCUGGGCUAUUGGGUUGUUAGCGUCGGGACAGAGUAGCACGAUCACUGGGACAUAUGCAGGCCAAUUUGUCAUGGGAGGUUUCCUUAAUCUUCGACUCAAGAAGUGGUUACGAGCACUGAUUACUCGAAGCUUUGCCAUUAUUCCAACCAUGAUUGUGGCUUUAUUUUUCGAUACUGAAGAUCCUACCAUGGACAUUCUGAACGAAUCACUCAAUGUUCUUCAGUCCAUACAGAUUCCAUUUGCACUGAUUCCUCUCAUUACCCUUGUCUCGAACGAGCAGCUCAUGGGAUCAUUCGUUGUUGGUCCUAUCACCAAAGUGAUUAGCUGGAUCGUCACAAUUUUUCUUAUGCUCAUCAACGGAUACCUUAUACUGUCCUUCUAUACCACCGAAAUCCGGGGUGCAUUUGUUCGGUCAAGCUUGUGUGUUGUGCUGGCUGGCUACCUCGCAUUCAUCAUCUACCUUAUCGUGAGAAACACCACAGUGUAUUCUCGCCUUCGCUCAUCAAUGGCAAAGAGUUCAUGAGAACUUUUCAAGACUGUCAUUGUUCACGAUGAAGAUGAACUGAAGUGGGGUAAUACUGGAAGAAAGCUGCUCGCCGGCCCGUGUAGAACUUGUAAGGUCACAUACUUGAACGAGCUCCAGGGGAGAGGUCCAGAUUGUACAUCGUCUGCUGUUGUAUAAUUGUAUUUGUGGAUUAGCAGGCUCCCCCUUUAGGAUUGGACUAAAAUACACCAACAUUCAUGUAUUUGAGGUGACAAACAGUAGAUAGUUUUGUUUAUAUCUUUUCCUUUUUCUGGAGCAUGGUAAUCGUCCGCCAAAGGCUUUUAUUUGUCUGCUUUGUUUUGAAAA